GUCCUCGUCAAUCCAUGAACAAGCGCUCGGGCAAUGGUGCCAGAUUGUACAUUACCGUGAGGACUGAGCAUGCAAUCAUUGGCUCUUUCAUGGUGUAAGAGAUGGCGAUUUUUCUUAGUCUUGGUCUGUUGUACUCUCCUCGUCAGCUAUGGAUACCUUAGCUAUCGGCCCCCUUACCGACUGUACACCGAAUUCACAAAUAACGAAAUCCAAAUUGCACGAAAUUUUCUCAAAGAUCAGGUCAAUCCCAAAUUCGUCAAGUUCAAACAACUGCAAGGAGCUGGAUUCAACAACCAGGUUCAGGAAAUACUUCUAUUUCACCACCUAUCCUUGAUAUCUUCUCGAAUAUACACCUAUCAGCCCUUUAUAUGGCGUCCUCGGAAUCAAGAACUUCCUCUAUCCGUAUUCCUUCCAGGUCCCACCAAAUUUACAAUCCCUUUCGCCCUCUUCAAUGAAGUGUGUUCACCGGAGUCUGUAACCCAUCAUAGGAUACUUGGCGAUCACAAUGACAUCUGGCGUCUGACCCGGGAGAUUCUGGAAGGCCCUGACCGUUGCAUCGAGAUCGACGACUGGAUUCUUAACUGGAACUACUUGUCAUCCCCUGCUCUUCAAAAAGUCUGGCCAGGAUUCCAACACUAUCUUUCUACACAUUUCGAAUGGUCUUCUCAAAUUCAAGCCAUCGUGGAUCGAGCAUAUUCUACUCUGAACCUCCAUUCUUCUGGGACUCACGGAGAGCCUUACAUGGCAUUGCACAUACGUCGAGGCGAUUUCCCCGGACACUGCACAUCCCUUGCUGACGUUGGUAUGGGAUUCACAACUUGGGCCACCCUCCCAUCUCUCAACGACUCCAUCCUUCCUCCAGCCCUUGACGCAAAAAAUAAAUCUUCGGUCAUGGAGCAUUGUUACUCCAGCCUUUCGCGAAUACUCGAUGCCAUCGAUAGACACGCGAUUAAAAAAUCUCACCUACGCGCGUUAUACAUUUUGCACGACGGUGCCAUAGACCAUCUUCCUGUCUACCUCGACUUGUGGAAACUUGAGGCAGCAUUGAAGAACCCUACGCGCGCUCAGAGGGCUGGUUGGAAGAAUGGUCCGAUGAAACUCGUAAUUGACUCUUCACAGGUCCCAAUCAAGUGGGGCGAGAAUGAUUUCACUGUUGCUGUGGAUGUGGAGCUUGCCAGGAAUGCGGAAGUGUUCAUUGGAAACGGCUACUCAAGUUUGAGCUCACAGAUUGUGGCUUUAAGGCUGGGAACGAAGGAAGGGAAGAUGGAAGACAUCACCUUGCUCUGAGUGAUCUGCACCUUUUUUCAAUCCAAGUCUAGGUCUCCCGGAUGCGGAAAAGUGCCAUCGAUGAAAUGAAAAAUCAGCUAUGUAUUAUGUCAAACUUAACUACCUAACAAUUUACCUACAUUACUUACUGAUACAAGAGAACGCGAUGUUGUGAAUACAUACUAUUUGGAUAGAUGACGGGAGAGUGAGGGAGGUGGGUAAAGAAAGAGAAACUGGAGGGAACGAGCGACGAGCAAUGCUUAAAAGGGGGGGUACCAAGUGAGAAAGAUAAAACGAGAAAAAGGCGGGUGGGUGUCUCGAUCUGGUUGGAAAAAUCGAGAGGGAGGUAAUGAACGUGCGUGGCUGGACGAAAAUGGGCACGAGGGAACUGAAGCGAAAGAGGAAUAAGCACACCGCGAAAUGAAGAACUUUGAGGAAGCGAAACGGCGUCACGGGGAAUCCGAGCAGGAGAAACAGGAGAAACACUUGGAGAACAAUGCCAAUAGCCUAUGCAUAUUGCCCAUCAGUAUACUUAGGACAGGUAGGAAGAUAAUGGUCCACCCUCCCAGCGAUGUUGCCUGUUUCGUCGAUCAGGACGGCACAACGACAUUGUUUGUUUCUCGGUUUGUCCACUUCUUCUGGCUCUUCUAACAAUAGAUUAUCACGGUCGUAGAUGCCAACAUUCUGAGGGACAUCUGGGAUGCGACGGAAACACACACAACCCAAUUUGGGGUGCGGAAUUAGACCCUUCCCGGUAGUGACCUUCCCUAGUUGGGCCACUGGCGUUGUGUUCAAGCGAACACUAGCACCAAGGCUAUGAGUGGAGUUGGUUCGCGGUCGGGUUACAGCACGGUCGAUGAAGAAGCUGGUCUUGUUCCUGAGGUUAGGCGGAGUUAUUGAGGAACGAGGGAGCGACUUUGAAGGAGGGGGAGAAUGGGAUGGGAUGGGAGGAAGAGGUUUAUUAAAAAGGAGCGAGGACGGCGGUAAAGCCGUCUUUACGUGGCCUGCAUUGGUGUUGGCAUAGUUCCGAG